AUGGCGGAGUCCGAGACCCUGGACGCGUUCGCCGGCAGGCUGGGCAGCAUGGCGGCGCGCUACGCGGCACGGGGCUCGAUCCUGGAGGAUGCGGCGGUCGUCAAGAAGUUGCUCGAUUCGGUCCCAGAUCGUCUGUACGCGGCGGUGGCGGGGAUUGAGCAGUUCUGCGACGUCAGCACAAUGCCGUUCGAGGAUGCGUUGGGGCGGCUGAAGGCUUUCGACGAGAGGCUGCGUCGGCGCGGGCAGGACGGAGGCAACCACGGCGGCGAGCAGCUGAUGUUCACCGCGGCACAGCGGCAGGCGCGCGAGCGGCAGCGAGGCGGAGCUCGGGAUGAUGAUGACGGGGCGCGCAGCAUGGCAUCGGGUUUCGGCGGCAACAAACGAGGCCGGUGCUACAAGUGUGGUGAGCGGGGUCACUUCAAACGUGAUUGCCCGCAAUGGAAGAAGGCGCCGGCGGCGGAGCAUGCCCUGCUGGUCGACGGCGACGUCGAGGACGCCGGGCUGCUCUAA